CCCGCCAUAGCACUCUCCGAUCCUAAGAUUCCUGGAGUCACGCGCUCCAUGCGGCUCCGAGGAGCAUCGCGAUAAACCAUGUCCGGCGUCGACGCGGCAGACUCAGCGACCAACACCCUCAGCAGCGAUGCGCGGCCGGCGUUUGUAACGCCCAGGGAUUUGCUCCAGCAAUCUCGUGCCCCAUUGCCCCCGAGGGAGCAACCGCGUCAGCUUUCAGCUAUUGACCGUGAGCAACUGGACGGCCUGAGAACCAUCAGAGCCUUUCUCAAGGCCAGGACAAGCUACGACGUGCUCCCCAUCAGCUACCGCCUCAUCGUUUUUGACACCGCACUGCUGGUAAAGAAGAGCCUGAACAUACUGAACCAGAAUGGUAUCGUCUCAGCGCCGUUGUGGGACUCCAAGUCAUCCACUUUUGCCGGUCUGCUUACGACCUCGGACUAUAUAAAUGUCAUUCAGUAUUAUUGGCAGAAUCCAGAUGCGCUGGCUCGGGUAGACCAGUUCCGUCUGAACAGCUUGCGAGACAUCGAGAAGGCGCUGGGAGUCAAGCCCAUAGAAACUAUCUCCAUCCACCCCGACCGUCCUGUAUACGAAGCAUGUCGCAAGAUGCUCGAGUCGCGCGCCCGGCGUAUACCCAUAGUCGACAGCGAUGACGAGACACAUAGGACCAUGGUGGUCAGUGUCAUCACGCAGUACCGCAUUCUGAAAUUCAUCGCGGUAAACGUCAAAGAAACGCAAAAGAUGCGCAAGCCGCUUAGGGAGCUAAACGUGGGCACAUACGAGGAUCUCGCAACUGCGUCAAUGGACACACCAGUCAUGGACGUCAUUCACAUGCUUGUCAAGAAGAGCAUAUCGAGCGUUCCCAUCCUGGAUAAGACUGGCACUGUGCUCAACGUGUUUGAAGCCGUGGAUGUCAUUGCACUCAUCAAGGGCGGUGUAUACGACGACCUAAACCUGACUGUCGGCGAUGCCUUGCUGAAACGCUCAGACGAUUUCCCUGGCAUCUUCACCUGCUCGCUGAACGACAACAUGUCGACGAUAUACGACACGAUCCGGAGGUCUCGCGUGCACCGCUUCGUGGUCAUUGAUGAGAACAGCAAACUCAAGGGCGUAGUCACGUUGAGCGAUGUGCUUGAACAUACGCUACUAGAGGGCAUGGAAGACGAGUAGAACAACGCCAUCCGUAGCCACCUGUCAGCUUCACGCUUGAAGUCACUGGCACUUCGCGAGCAAAGGAUGCGACGAUGCGACGACUAAAUCAUCCAUUGGCAGGGUGGUGACACUGCAAGCAAGUCCUUGACCGCGCGGACUGAGACAAAGUGUUACUGCACGUCGUUUUGGGAUGAAGAAAAGAUACCAUAGAAGGAAUGCGCUGACGAGGACAAGUGAAAUGACUUAUGGACGGCGCAAUGGGUGGCAACCAAUGAGCCUAUUCUCUGUAGGUACAAGUAGUCCUUUGAACAUUCAAACUAUCAU